UUUUGUGGAAUCUCAAGGUACAGAAAUUAGGGUUCAUCAGCAGUGUAAUUACAACACCUUGAAUCUGCUUUCCAGUGAAAAUUUUCGGCAGUUUGAUGAUUGGAAGUUCAUCACUAGUGAUAAUCUUAAACAAUUUACUUCUUACUUAUUCAAAAUUCUCAAGGUAUUUUCUAUCCUACACAUAAUUCAAAUUACUUAUGUGAUUGAUGUUUCACCUAGUUCUGAGUAUGGUUGUAUGAUUUUUGAUCGCGGUAAAGAGUUUGUAGUUGGUGAGAUUUGUUCCAAUUGUGCUACUGCUAGGAGAGUUUUCAAAUUCUGUCUUGAGAUGCUUGCUUCUUGUUUGGCUAUUCCAGUUGAGAAAUAUGAUGAAAAAUCUUUUUAUGAGCUUAUUCUUCAACAUGGGUACCAAUUGGAUUCCAGAUUUACGAAUUCAGUAGUGUUCAUAUUGGUUAAAGAUGGUGAUAGCUGCUACCACGGGAAUCUGUUUGCGAAAAUGUCACUCAGAAACAGUAUCACCUGUUAUGCCUGUGAUUGUAUUUUGUUUGUUCCAGGAAUGAUCGAACUGGGGUAUGUUCAUAUAUUUGAAAGUAGUGCAGACUGUUUUUGUAGUAGCAUGGAUUUUUCUCAAAGGGUAUUUGAUCCAGGAAAAGAAAUUGAUGUACUAAGAAGUGGGAAUUGUGUAUAUGAGCUAAUUCUGGGAGUCAGGUACUGUUUUGAAGUUCUAUUUGAGUAUUUGUAUGUGUUUUUGUUUGGUAUAAAUGGUGAUAGUGGAAACGCUAGUAUGCUGGUUGGUAAAAUGAUGCAGCUAGAGUGUGCUCCUAGGGAUAAAUUGAUACUCCAGUCGACAAGGAACAACAAGUCUGGUAAUGAAUGGAGUUUACGUGGCCAGGAAUCCCUUGAAAAGGUAGUAGGAAUCAAAAAUAUGCUUGUAAAAACAAAUGGUAGUGGUUUAAAAUGGUUUCUCAUGCUAAUACUUGGAUCACCAAGCCUUAUCAUUUGUGGCAGUAGUGCUAGGAGUUCCAACAAAGUGGAAUCAUAUAAAUGGGGAUGGGGUAUCUUGAACAGAGUCGUAAAAGCUGAGGCAAUGAGUGUUGGUGGUGCUCUACUUUGUACUUGAAGGUUUCAAGAUAAUAUUGAAACAAGAAGGGUUAUAUAUGUGAUUGCAAGAGUUAUGAGAGCUCUGUAUAAAGAAGAUUAUACUAUAAACUUGCAGUUGAGAUGUGGUUUACUUGUUCGGCGUAUGCUUAUUUUGGUUACUGCUCAACAUCUAGCACGUUGGUGGCGGGACAAAAUGCAUUCUAGAAGAGCAACAAUGUUAAUUAAAACCCGAGGAUUUCAUAGAAUUCUCCUGGACCAAGGUGAUGGACUUGCGUAUUAUAUGAUAAAGUAUUACCACACAGGAAGUCAGAACUUCAUGGUUAAAUCUCUGAAGUCUAUUCGUGAUGAUACCCUAACUCAUUUCCCUUCGUACACAAUCAGGUUUACCAAGGUAUGUUGUUGUGGUGACAGCUGAAUAUUUUCUUGAAGAUUUCCAUCAACUUUUGAAGCAGCUGAAGCUCUCCACCACUGAUGGCACAACAGUCCAAGGGAAAGAAGAGUCUGCAAACUCUAUACAUCUAACAAAUGCAUGACAGGAAUUCUGGUGUAAGAGAUCUAGGUCAUUAAAGCUCUCAAAUUCUGUUUCAAUUGACAUAAUCCAACAAAACACAAUGCAUUACAUGGCAGGAAUGUUACAAGAACUCAAAUCAUUCGCAAGCUUUAAUUCUUCUUUUGGCUGCCACACCGAGACUGAAAUGCACAAGUUCGAAGGUGCAAGUAUAAUUAAAGAAGAUAUUGAGUAGUAUGAAGGAAUAACGGUUUUGUAGUACAAGCUUAGCUCUGUAGAAGUGGCUCUCACAUUCCUCAUCUGGUGGGCUGGGCUCUAUGAUUUGGUUUUAUUCAUGGUGUUGGAAUUACCUUUGUUCCUCCUGGCUAUAUGGAGUACCAGAAACAAGAGUUGUAACACAUAGGUUCAAACAACUCUCAGUACAGCAAGCCACCUUAUUACCAGGUAUGCUAACUGUUUAGAUAAAAAUGGAGGCACCAUAUGGUCUUUAUACCAGUUAUGCUCAUGUGAUUAUGGGGUCCUUGUACAAGAUGAAAACCUGAAGGUUCAUGUUCAUGGCUCAACUGGAAGUGCAGUAGGGUAUCUGAUUCUCGAAGGUGCUCAUACAAUCGUUUUUAAGGCUAGUUUGGGGUUGUUACUCAUGGCUACGAGUGAUGUCUUUACUAGUAUUUACCAAGCACUGGAAUUUGAAGAUAGCCGGUCUGUUUCCUUUGGAGAAGUAAGCUCAGAAUACUUAAAUACAUUGAUGAGCAUCAACUAUUAUUGAAGGGAAACUAAAACUAAGCUUGAUUCCUACUGUUCAGAUGAAUGGUUUUAGUUUUUUACGGACCUGGGCAUUAAAGUUUGCAAAGUUCACAUCUCUUAUUGUAUCCGAGACAGAGCUGCAAUUUACAAUAAUUGUGUGUUCCUUGGAUCGAGCUCAAUUCAUAUACUUGAGGACAAGGAUAAUCUGAAGGAGUGGGAUUUGUCAGGACCCAGCUUUGGGCUGCCAAAUUCAGAUAAGGGCCACCUGAGUUAUGGGGUUUAGUAAUCUGUUUAAUAUAGUUAGUAGUUAAUUAACCAUGAUUAGUUAGUUAUUAGAUGCUGCUAAUUACGAUUAGUAGAGUGUGUGUGUGAGUGGCACAUGCACACACCAAACCUCAUCAUUUAUAUCCCCCUCAUGUUUGUAGAACUCUUACGAAAAAUUAAUCAGUAAAAUUUAUCUUUUCUUUCUAGAA